CUGCUCCGGUCGCGCUGGGGACCGCGUCUCCCCGCCAUUAAAGGGUCUAAGUGGCUCUGCCGCGUCUUCUGUCAUGUUGUGACCUGUAGCGACAGCAGUGUCAUAGGAAGGACUCGGGGGACCCAGGAGCCCUAGGAAUGGACUCAGUAGCCAUUGAGGAUGUGACUGUGAACUUCACCCCAGAGGAGUGGGCUUUACUGGAUCCUUCACAAAAGAAACUCUACAGAGAUGUGAUGUGGGAAACCUUCAGGCACCUGGCCUCAGUAGGAAUAACAUGGGAAGGUCAUGAUAUUGAAGAUGAGUGCAAAGACCAGGGGAGAAAACUAAGAAAGCAUAGGGUAGGGAGACUCUGUGAAAGUGAAGAGGGUAGUCAGUGUGGAGAAAACGUUAGCCUUCUUCCAAAUCUCAGUCUGAACAAGAAAACUACAGGAGUUAAACCAUGGGGAUGCAGUGCAUGUGGAAGAGUCUUCACGCAUCAUUCAUCCCUUAAAACGCACAUUAGAUGUCACACUGAACAUAAGUCAUGUGAGUAUCAAAAAUAUGGAGAGAAGCCAUAUAAAUGUAAGGAAUGUGGGAAAGCCUUCACUUAUCUCACUUUACUUCGAGUUCAUGAAAGAACUCAUACUGGAGAGAAACCCUAUGAAUGUAAAAACUGUGGUAAAGCAUUCACUUGUUCCAGUUCUCUUCAAAUACAUGGAAGAAUUCAUACUGGAGAGAAACGCUAUGAAUGUAACAAAUGCAGUAAAGCAUUCACUUUUUCUAGUUCUUUUCGACUUCAUCAAAGAACUCAUACUGGAGAGAAACCCUAUGAAUGUAAAAAAUGCAGUAAAGCGUUCACUACUUCCAGGUCUCUUGGACUCCAUGAAAGAACACACACUGGAGAGAAACCAUUUGAAUGUAAAAUAUGUGGUAAAGCGUUCAGGUUUACCACUUCCCUUUCAAGACAUGAAAGAACUCAUACUGGAGAGAAACCCUAUGAAUGUAAAAAAUGCAGUAAAGCAUUCACCACCUCCAGUUCUCUUAGAGUCCAUGAAAGAACUCACACUGGAGAGAAACCCUUUGAAUGUAAAACAUGCACUAAAGCAUUCACUUCUUCCAGUUAUCUUCAAAAACAUGAAAGAAUUCAUACUGGAGAGAAACCCUAUGAAUGUAAAAAAUGCAGUAAAGCAUUCAUUUGUUCCAGUAAUCUUCGAGUCCAUGAGAGAACUCACACCGGAGAGAAACCCUUUGAAUGUAAAAUGUGUGGUAAAGCCUUCAUUUCUACCCAUUCUCUUUCAAGACAUGCAAGAACUCACACUGGAGGGAAACCGUACGAGUGUAAAAAAUGUGGUAAAGCAUUCUCUUCUUUCAGGUCUCUUGGACUCCAUGAAAGAACUCACACUGGAGAGAAACCCUAUGAAUGUAAAAAAUGCAGUAAAGUAUUUAUUUGUUCCAGUAAUCUUCGAGUCCAUGAAAGAAGUCACACUGGAGAGAAACCCUUUGACUGUAAAAUCUGUGGUAAAGCCUUCAGUUAUACCAGUUCUCUUUCAAGACAUGAAAGAACUCAUACAAGAGAGAAACCCUACGAAUGUAAAACAUGCAGUAGAGUAUUCACCUUUUCCAGUUCUCUUCAAAAACAUGAAAGAACUCACAAUGGAGAGAAAGCCUCAUGAAUAUCAGGAAAGUGGGAUAGACUUUACUUCUCAUGCAGGCUUUUGAGGAUAUGCACAAAUGCACACGAGAGGAUAAACCAUGUAGACAUAAACAAUUUGGGAUAGAUUUUGUCAUCCCAGUUCUUCCUGAAGGCAUGAAAGGACUCACUUGAUAAAAAUGUCUUGAAUGUAAACAGCAUGAGAAAGACAUCAACUGGCCUACAUCUUUCUGUGUGAAACUCCCACCAAAAAGAAAUGUAAAGGUAAGUCCUAUGAAAAAGCUUCAUGGAAUUUAAUUUGUAUGUGAGCUUCUAGAAAACUUUCAACAGGAAAGAAUUGUUAUAAAAGUAGUAAGUAGAUUGUAUUUAUCAAACUUCUUUAUUAAAGUGCAACAUUGGACUGUGGAUUUCUAUUAAUUACUUCAGAAAUGCAUAUUGAGGUGAGAUGAGUCUGCUAGUCAUCCUUUGUAAAUAGUAAAUAAGAUUCAUAGGUAGUGCUUUUCCCUUAAAUCAGUUAAUAAUUUUUUAUCUUUACUUUUUUUAUAAUGUUUUAAUUUUUCUCUGUUAAGGGGCCAUUGAAACAUGACAGUUUGUAUUUAUUGUGAUUUUCUUAGUGGCCUUGUAUUAUGGUUCCCUGAUAUGCCUCAUCCAUUGUACAUAUUGUACGUGUUUUAGAGAAAGCUCCUUUUUGGGGUUGGUGGGUGGAGGAGCCUGUUUUUAUUUUCUGUGCUGUUAAACAGUUGGAAAAAAUUGUGUAUGGCAAGUUUAUCCAAUAGUGUACUUCCUGUGAAUUGUUAUUUUCCUAUUUGGGCUUUUGCUGUUUGUCCUUCCUUCUGACUGGUAUUUGGUGAAUAGACUUUGAAUUAAGUAGAGGCCUGUGGCAGGGCAACAAAAUCUAGAGCUGGACACAUCACCCCUGUACUGCAUCAUGUCAGUGAGGGUAAUCUGAAGAACUAGAUCUUUAAGAAUCCAUCCCCUUUAUGUGCCAUGUUGGAAUUCCCCAAUGGCCUCACUUACAUGAGAUUUGGAAGGCAGAAGCACACAAGGCCUUAGGCCGAUUUUUCAGUGACCACACAGGGAGGGACACAGUUACGUAUGAGCUUCAUGAACACCAUCUGCCAUCCCUUUUUCUGGAUUCUUCACCCUUUCUGUCAAGAGUAUCUUGAAAACCACCAAUAACUAGUUGAUUUCCAUAUUGUUAGAGAUGCAUUUUCCACCAGUUUCACAUCAAAGAUCCAUUGGAGUUAGGGUCUUUCUGUAAGGCCUCUUGUGUCCACCAGGAAGCUAAUUCAGACCUUUGUGGGUGGGAGUAUUGUCUGAUUCCUCUUUUCUCUAGAUGAUAAUUGAAUAACGUCUGAUGUGUACAGGAAACACCUUGUGAUGUUGAUAGUGCUAGUGAGCACAUUUUCCUGCUCGACCAUGGCAUCUACAAUGGGACAUAAAAAGAAGCACCUGUGAGUUUGUUUCCCUGCUGCGUUGUGCAGUGGCUGCCUUGACCCAGUUGUUCCAUGUGAGAACAAUCACCUUUCGCGUGCUGGGAAGACUGUGUUUCCUGUUUCUUGUAGCUUGAAUGGGUUACCUCGAUGUGUUCUCAGUAACCUUGAGUGUAUGUCAAUAAAACUAUGUCCAUUUGUUUGUGAAAUGAA